GAUGAGGUAUGGAAAAUAAUGAGUCAGGAAGAUCGCCAGUCGCUAUCAAGAACCUUUAACUCUGAAAGCAAUGAAUUAGUCAAUUUCACACAAACACAUGAUAUUGAAAUAGAAAACAAUCCUACAGGUGCUUCUUCGCAACCGGUGAUAAGUGAAAUGGAAUCAGGUCAAGAAAAUCAGAUAAAUUUAUAUGGGGAGGGUGUAACGGGUCCCUUCACAGUUAUUGUAGAAACUAAUAAGGAAUCUAGAGCCAGUCUUGGACGAUAUCCACAUCUUAAAAUUGCUAAGGAAGUUUGUGAUCUGAAAUUGGAAAAUGUAAGUAAGUUCAAAAUCAAAGGUAGACAUAAUAUAGGAGUUGAAUUUGAGUUGAUUGCCAAUUCUCUAGUCUUGAACGAAAAAUUGAAAACUUUAGGCUAUAAAUUAUACAUUCCUAAUAGUAAUGUAACCUGCAAAGCGAUUGUAAAAAACAUAACUACAUAUUACUCAGAAGAGGAACUGAAAAUGAUGAUUAAAAGCCCUUAUAAAAUUAAAAGUGUCAAAAGAAUGAACAGACGCAUAGUAACAGAUGGAAAGAUCCAAUAUGUACCUGCAUCGACGAUUUUAAUUACUUUUGAGGGAACUAUCAUUCCUAGUAGAGCAACGCAAAGAAACUUAUAUGGCAAACAAUCAAAGAUUCAAAAGAUCAUAUGCACAAAGCGUAGGAGGGGACAAACAUAGUAAUAGAGAACAUAGAAUAGGCUAUGACAGGGAUGCAUUGAACGAAAUUUUGCUGUAUCCAGAUGGUAGAAUUCCACAACCCCCAAAUGGUAUAGCUUUACAAACAACUUCACAGACCACACACGACUACAUGAUCACCUAAACAUCUGUGACGCGGAGAUGAUUGCCUUGUAUAAAGGUAUGAAGAUCUGCAUGGAAAAG